UUUAUUCAUCUCCUCCAUCUCUCUCUCUUUCUUCUCAAAUCUCAAAAAAUCCUCACUUUACUUUUCAUCACUAUCUUCCCCAUUUUCACACAAUGUUCAAAUUAUACAUCCUUAUCCCAUCUCUUACACUUCUAAUCUCAAUUCCAAUAAUCUUUUUUUUAGCCCCAUCUAUCCUUCCUCAACGCCAAAUUACCAUUUCUAUCCCUGAUGAACUUGACGAUCUUUCCCUUUUUCACAAAGCCAUAACCGCCGAUUCAACUUUCCUUAAAAAACCUUCCCAUAAAUACCCUUCAAAUAAAUUCCGACUAGGUUCAACCACCAUCCACCGCCCUAAAAUCGCCUUUCUUUUCUUAACAAACUCCGAUUUGCACUUUCAGUCCCUGUGGAACAAGUUCUUUAACCUCUCUGAUCCACAUCUUUAUAAUAUUUACAUUCACGCUGACCCCACAGUGAAAAUCACACCUCCAGUUGGUGUUUUUUCUAACAGAUUUAUACAUUCUAAGAGAACUCAACGCUCAUCACCGACACUUAUUUCAGCCACGCGCCGCUUACUUGCUCACGCGCUUCUUGAUGAUCCAGAUAACGUUUAUUUCGCUCUUAUUUCACAGCAUUGUAUCCCUUUACACUCUUUUAAUUACUUUUACAGUUUUUUACUAGAUACCCAAAAAUUAUCAAACAAAAUGGAGUUUCCUAGUUAUAUAGAGAUCUUAAAUGAAUCUCCUUCGUUAUUAGAUAGAUAUAAUGCUAGAGGUGAAAAUGUAAUGGAACCUGAAGUUGGGUUUGAUAAAUUCCGGGUCGGGUCACAGUUUUUUGUUAUUACAAGAAAACAUUCGUUAAUGGUUAUCAAGGAUAGUAAGUUGUGGAGGAAAUUCAAGAAACCUUGUCUAAAAAUUGAAUCUUGUUAUCCUGAAGAGCAUUAUUUUCCUACUUUGUUAUCAAUGGAGGAUCCAAAUGGGUGUAAAGGUUAUACAUUGACUCGGGUUAAUUGGACUGAUAGUGUUGAUGGCCAUCCACGUACUUAUCAUCCAAUUGAAGUUUCAUCAGAGCUGAUUUAUAAGCUUAGAGAGUCGAAUUCGACGUAUUCGUAUAUGUUUGCAAGGAAAUUCUCACCGGAUUGCUUGAAACCGUUGAUGGAAAUGGCGGAUUCCGUCAUUUUUAAGGACUGAAAGUUUCUGUUUCUUUUU